CUGAGCAUAGCUCCACGUCAAAAGAAAAGCGAAUCAGCUUAGAAGCCGCCUUGCCCGAUAAAAAAUAAUUCGAGAUUUUAAUAAAGUUCCAACCAACACGUACAAAUUCCUUCGCAAUGGUAAGCUUAAUUAACACAGUAGAUACCGGACAUGAGGAUAUGAUCCACAAUGCGGUGUUAGACUAUUACGGACUGCAUCUCGCUACUUGUUCGUCAGAUGGUUCUGUGAAAGUUUUCGACGUCAAGAACGGAAAUCAGAUUUUGAUUGCCGACCUCAAGGGUCACCAAGGGCCAGUGUGGCAAGUAGCUUGGGCACAUCCCAAAUUCGGUAAUUUGUUGGCUUCUUGUUCAUACGAUCGGAAGGUUAUCGUGUGGAAGGAAGGUGCAUCAAAUGAUUGGACUAAAUUUUACGAGUACAACAAUCACGAUUCUUCUGUUAAUUCUGUUGCCUUUGCGCCUGCUGAAUAUGGUCUCAUACUCGCGUGUGGGAGUUCGGAUGGUUCGAUUUCCAUAUUAACGUGCAAUGUAGAAUAUGGCGCUUGGGAUAGCAAAAAAAUCUCGAACGCACAUACUAUCGGUUGUAAUGCGAUUUCCUGGUGUUCGUCAACAGUUCCAGAACCAGCAUUCGAUCAGCGUGCCUCCGCACGUACCGCAGCAGUAAAGCGUUUGGCUAGUGCUGGCUGCGAUAACUGUGUGAAAAUUUGGCGUGAAGAAGCCGAUCGCUGGGUGGAGGAAAAUCGCCUGGAAGGACACUCUGACUGGGUGCGUGACGUAGCUUGGGCACCUUCAAUCGGGCUGGCCCGUUCACAAAUCGCCUCUGCGUCACAGGACCGCCAUGUUAUUAUAUGGAAUAGCACUGAUCUAACUACCUGGUCGUCAACAAUUCUACAUACAUUUGAUGAUGUAGUUUGGAGUGUUAGCUGGUCAAUGACAGGCAACAUUUUAGCCGUUACGGGUGGUGACAAUAAGGUGACGCUGUGGAAGGAGAACAACGAGAAUCAAUGGAUGUGUAUAAACGAUGAUGCGGCGUCAUCAAACACGCAACAAAGCGAACAGCGUACACUGUAAAUGGCCAUGUUGAAUGUCGGAGAAAAUUAAGAAAACUACUAAUUUUUGCUUCUCGUUUGAAUACGAGCUUGCGCUUCGUCAUAGAUUUUUGAGCCGGAUUAAUUUAAAAACUAAUGGAUUAGAGAUAAGAAAUUAAGUCUUGGCGCUGAGUAGUCUUAUAUUAACCUUUUAUGUUAUAUUUUGUAUACAAACACUAACGCAUAAACGCCCUGAUAAUUCCAUUUAUAUGAUAACUUUCGAUAGUAUUGGUUCAGUUAUUGUAGCAGCGGGCUUGUCGUCUACUAUAGACAAAUAUGUUUUGUAUUACGAAAUAAAAUUUCCGUUAAAAAGUGAAAA